AUUCCUGUUCUCAGGCCAAGACCAGUACUAUGGCAGUCAAGAUUCUACAAUCCGUUCGUAGUAGCUCUCGUUGUCAUAACAACAGUAGGAAUCCUAGCCAUGAUUGUGGGUCUACUUAUUCACUUUUUAGCUUUUGACAAGAAGACUUACUUUUACCAUAGCAGCUUUCAAAUCCUGAAUGUUGAAUACACUGAAGCUUUAAAUUCACCAGCUACGCAGGAGCACAGGGGCCUGAGUGAAAGAAUCGAGUCUAUGAUUACUAAUGCAUUUCGAGAAUCAAAUUUAAGAAGUGAGUUUAUCAGAACACAUGUUGUCAAACUGAGGAAAGAAGGGAGUGGUGUGAUUGCAGAUGUUGUCAUGAAAUUUCGAUCUCGUAAACGUAGCAAUAGAGGGUUGAUGAAAAACAGAAUUCAGUCUGUGCUUCAAAGACUGAGUAACUCUGGAAACCUGGAAAUAUCUCCUUCCAAUGAGAUAACAUCAAUCACUAACCAGGAUACAGAAAAUUUUUUGACUCAAGAAUGUGGAGCCCGUCCAGACCUUAUAACACUGUCAGAAGAGCGAGUCAUUGGAGGCAUUCAAGCGGAGACAGGUGACUGGCCCUGGCAAGUCAGUCUACAGCUCGAUUACGUCCACCACUGUGGAGGAGUCCUGAUCAGUAACUCAUGGGUGCUGACAGCAGCUCACUGCUUCAGAAGCUACUCUCAGCCUCAACAAUGGACUGCCACCUUUGGUGUUUCUACGAUUCGUCCUAUGUUAAGAUUAAAAAUAAGGGCUAUUUUAGCCCAUACCAAUUACAGCCCCAUAACGCGUGAUAACGAUAUUGCAGUCGUACAACUUGACAGACCUGUAACCUUUAGCCGGAAUAUCCAUAGGGUGUGUCUCCCAGCAGCAACCCAAAGCAUCAUUCCUGGUUCUGUGGCAUAUGUCACAGGAUGGGGCUCUCUCACCUAUGGAGGCAACACAGUGGCAGCUCUCCAGCAAGGACAGGUCAGAAUAAUAAGUAGUGACGAAUGCAACGAGCCAGCUGGUUACAGUGGAAGCGUCUUGCCUGGGAUGCUCUGUGCUGGACUGCCUUCAGGUGCAGUGGAUGCGUGCCAGGGUGAUUCUGGUGGCCCGUUAGUACAGGAAGACUCAAGGCGGCUUUGGUUUGUUGUGGGGAUCGUGAGCUGGGGAUAUCAGUGUGGCCUGCCCAAUAAGCCAGGAGUGUAUACUCGAGUGACAGCCUACCGCGACUGGAUCAGACAGCAAACUGGAAUCUAG